AUGUGGGUGCUGUUCGCCGGCCUACUUCCCUUAGCCUUCUUGCCGCUGCUAGGCGCCGAUGAGACGGUCAAAAUCGACAAGUCGUGGGAGCCCGAUGUGAAAGCGUUGAAGCAAGGGCUCAAGGACCUCGGCCACGGCCUAGAGACGACCAAGGUAACGCUGGUCCUGAUCAUGGCUGUCUACGCGGUUUUCCUCUUGGCCCUCCUCGUCGCCGUCUUCUAUCUGGUUAUCCGUAUCCGCUCGCUGCAGCGCCAGGUGAACAACAAGAUGCCCGCAUCGCAGGAGGCCUCUUCGCGCGUUUUCGAUGUGGGCACGAGUAACCGGGACCCAACGAUAGACUACGCCGCGAAAGAAGUGUCUGCUGUUGCCGAUGACUUCGACAACCAUGCGAAAACUGAUCGCGCCCUUCCGCCAUCGCUCCGUCCACUGUCU